GUGCGGUUUCCCAACUGGCUCGGUGUUCCCGCGUCUUCUCCUGAUUUCCUGCCCAUCUAACCUUCCCUUGGCUUGGUAACGAACCGCGAAGCUGCUGUCUACGUGGACCGGUGGGGUUAAAAUCUUCCGUCCGCCUUCCAGUCUUGUCAGGAAAUCUAAAUCUAAACAGAGAGACAGAGACAUGGCGACGAAUGGUACUAAAGGCUCUGAUGGACACGUUCUAACGGAGGUGAAUGCCGAGCCUAACGACAAACCCAAAACCUUGGUCGUCAAAGUCCAGAAAAAGGACCUUCCCGAAAGAGAGAACUGGACUGGAAAAUUUGACUUUCUCCUGUCUUGCGUCGGGUACGCAAUUGGACUGGGAAAUGUCUGGAGAUUCCCUUAUCUAUGUGGGAAGAAUGGAGGAGGGGCCUUCUUGAUUCCCUACUUUUUGACGCUCAUAUUUGCUGGUAUGCCCCUGUUUCUGCUUGAAACGUCCCUCGGUCAGUACACAUCGAUUGGAGGGCUUGGGGUGUGGAAACUGGCUCCCAUGUUUAAAGGUGUUGGUCUGGCCGCUGCAGUGCUGUCUUUCUGGCUAAAUAUUUAUUACAUCGUCAUCAUUGCCUGGGCCAUAUACUAUUUGUGGUCCUCCUUUACUACCGAGUUGCCAUGGCAAUCAUGUGGAAAUUCUUGGAACACAGAGCGAUGUUACACCAACUACAGCAUCCUGAACGCUGCCAACCUCACCAGUGCUGUUCAGGAAUUCUGGGAGCGUAACAUGCACCAGUUAACAGACGGUCUGGAGAAGCCUGGGGAGAUCAGAGCGCCUCUAGCCAUCACGCUGGCCAUCGCCUGGGUCCUUGUCUAUUUCUGUAUCUGGAAAGGUGUCGCCUGGACUGGGAAGGUGGUGUACUUCUCAGCGACGUACCCCUACUUUAUGCUCUUCAUCCUCUUCUGCCGCGGCAUCACUCUGCCCGGAGCCAUCGAUGGAAUCCUCUUCUAUAUCACGCCCAACUUCGAGAAGCUCAAGGAAUCAGAGGUGUGGUUGGAUGCUGCCACUCAGAUAUUUUUCUCCUAUGGGCUGGGGCUGGGAUCACUGAUUGCUCUGGGAAGCUACAACCCAUUCAAUAAUAAUGUUUACAGAGAUUCUGUCAUUGUGUGCUGCAUCAACUCGUUCACCAGCAUGUUCGCUGGCUUAGUCAUCUUCUCCAUUGUGGGCUUCAUGGCCAACGUGACUAAGAGGCCUAUAAUAGAAGUAGCAGCCUCAGGUCCUGGCUUGGCGUUCUUGGCCUACCCUGAGGCAGUAACCCAGCUGCCGAUCUCUCCUCUCUGGGCGAUCCUCUUCUUCUCCAUGUUGCUGAUGCUUGGAAUCGACAGUCAGUUCUGUACGGUGGAGGGGUUCAUCACUGCGUUGGUGGAUGAAUUCCCCAGAGCUCUGAGAGGAAGAAGAGAACUCUUCAUCGCUGCCGUCUGCCUGGUCUCUUAUAUCAUCGGCCUGUCCAACAUCACACAGGGUGGGCUGUACGUGUUCAAGCUGUUUGACUACUACUCAGCCAGCGGAAUGUGCCUGCUCUUCCUGGUCUUCUUCGAGUGCGUCUCCAUAUCCUGGUUCUACGGUGCCGAUAAGUUCCUUGCCAACAUUGAGGAGAUGAUUGGCCACAAGCCCUGCCUGUGGUGGAAGCUCUGUUGGGUCGUGUUCACUCCUCUUAUUGUGGCUGGAGUGUUCCUGUUCAGUGCUGUCCAGAUGGUUCCUCUCACCAUGAACAACUACGUGUUCCCGGCCUGGGGCCAGGGAGUAGGCUGGUGCAUGGCGCUGUCCUCCAUGCUCCUGAUACCUGGAUACAUGGUCUAUAUGUUCCUCAACCUCAAGGGGGAUUACAAAGAGCGUCUGCGGAUAAUGAUCCAGCCCCCGAUGAUGGUGAAAGGAGAACGCCAGGAGAACGGCCCUGAGCAGACUGCAGCAGAAGCAGAGAACCUGGCCACUGAAGAGGCUUACAUCUAAACCUUGUUACUACAUCCUAAACCCUCGAGGGCAAACUCUCUGCAGAAAACAACGUAAUCAAGGUGAAACGCAACCAAGGGAUUCGUCUCAAAUGGCACACAAUUACCUAUGUAGUUACACUGCUUUUUACCAGGGCCAAUAUAGAUAGUGUUUCAUAUAGGUAUUAGUCCUUCUGGGCCCUGGUCAAAUGGUACCCUAUUCCCUCUGGGCCCUGGUCAAAUGGUACCCUAUUCCCCCUGGGCCCUGGUCAAAUGGUACCCUAUUUCCUCUGGGCCCUGGUCAAAUGGAACCCUAUUCCCUCUGG